UCGGCUCUGAUUUUAGUGACACUGGAAGCUGCGUGGGGGAGCCGUGGCUCAUCUGCGUCAACAUGGCUGAUGAAACAGCGAAAGCGCAGACCGCCAAGCCGGGCGGAGAUACGAUAUUUGGAAAAAUUGUACGCAAAGAGAUUCCUGCCAACCUAAUCUAUGAAGACGAUCAGUGUGUAGCCUUCCCUGAUGUCUCACCUCAGGCUCCCACUCACAUCCUAGUCGUCCCAAAAAAGCCAAUUGUUCAGCUCUCUCAAGCCGAGGAUGACGAUGCUGCGUUGUUGGGCCACUUGCUGAUUGUUGCAAAGAAGUGUGCUCAAGAUGCCGGCCUUUCCAAAGGCUACAGGAUUAUCAUCAACGAUGGGCCGGACGGAGGCCAGUCGGUGUACCACAUCCACAUCCACGUUCUCGGUGGGCGCAGUAUGGGGUGGCCUCCUGGCUAACGCUCAGCUUCCAGCACCCACCAUCCAGCCAUGCAUGUUCACAUCUGUUGUCUGAUUACCAGUGCUGUUAAAUCUGAUCAAGCCAAAAUAUAUCUGUGGAAUUAAAAGGCACAUCACAACACCA